ACACACACACACACACACACACACACACACACACACACACACCACCAACUCUACAGCCUCGAAUUCGGCGAUUCCUAUUUCAAGAAACUACUAAUCGCAUGCAAAAUGGGCAAAUCCUCCAAAGACAAGCGCGACGCCUACUACCGUCUCGCCAAAGAACAAAACUGGCGCGCCCGAUCCGCCUUCAAACUCAUCCAAGUCGACGAACAAUUCGACCUCUUCGAACAUGAAAACCCCGAGAAAGUGACCCGAGUCGUGGACCUAUGUGCUGCCCCGGGCAGUUGGAGUCAAGUGCUGAGUCGGGUGUUGAUUAAGGGCGAGAGCUUCGGGCGACGCGCGUGGGUUGAGAAGAAGAGGAAGGAAAAGAGGGCGCUAGAGAGGGCGAAAAAUGGAGAUGGUGAUAAUGAGGAUGAGGGGGGUGAGGAGGAGGAUGAGUCUGCGAAGUUGAAGCCAAGGGAGAAUGUCAAGAUUGUGUCGAUUGAUCUUCAGCCCAUGGCGCCGCUUGAGGGUAUUACUACGAUGAAGGCCGAUAUCACGCAUCCGUCUACGAUUCCUCUUCUCCUUCGCGCUUUGGACCCGGAAGCCUACGAUUCGUCCGAUUCGUCUCCGUCUGCUGUGCGACAACCGAGUCCCGUCGAUCUUGUUAUCUCCGAUGGCGCGCCUGACGUGACUGGUCUGCAUGAUCUGGACAUUUACAUUCAAUCGCAGCUGCUUUACUCGGCGCUCAACCUGGCCCUGGGUGUCCUCCGCCCUGGAGGCAAGUUUGUCGCGAAGAUCUUCCGAGGCCGUGAUGUCGAUCUCCUGUAUGCCCAGCUGCGCACCGUCUUCGAGAAAGUGAGCGUCGCCAAGCCGAGAAGUAGUCGCGCGAGCAGUUUGGAAGCAUUCGUGGUUUGCGAAGGGUUUAUUCCUCCGGCUAUCCAUGACGAGCUGAAAGGUGUGGACGCAUUGAAAAAUCCUUAUUUCGGCGGUGCCGCAGCACCACAGCCCGUAUCGGCAGAUGGCAACGUAGGAGUCGAGAUGAUGGACGAAGACGACGACCCUGACGGCCAAGUACCGACAAGAGAAGCAACAGUCACUGCAACAGAUUCCAACCACGGCACACAAACCCGUAUGCUCCACGCAGACUCGCAUCGCACACGACCCUCCGACGCGAACCAGAUCGCCUCGCCAGAGCAAAAGCGAUUCGCUAUGGAGAACCGGUGGAUACCCUUAUUCAUCGCCUGUGGAGAUCUCUCAGCCUGGGACUCGGAUGCGUCAUAUGCCCUGCCUCCCGACCAUGUCAGCUUGGAUCCGGUCCAACCACCGACGGCACCACCGUACCGACGUGCAUUGGAGGUGAGAAAGGCACACGGAGGUGCAUAUGGGAAGACAAAGCUUGGGGCAGUGGGGAGAGCAUGAUUGAUUAUGUGAUAUGCCACAUGUACGUCGUUAUGUUUAUGAAUUCAUAAAAGUUGACGGUCUGGGACGGUUCAAAAGUUAGAGUACAUAGCAGAUACCCUUUGAAUAUAUAAAUGCUCGCUAACUAUUAAUAA